AUGGCUGAUCUUUCCGCCAACAUUGUUUCCGAUGAGCAUGCCUCGCCCUCUCAGGACGAGCUGCAGCAGAUGGGCAACGGUGCCAAUGUUGACCGCAAGCGCUCCCGUAUGAGUGCUGCUGGUGACGACGAUGACGACGAUGAUGACAAGCCAGGUCGUGAGCGUCGCAAGAUUGAAAUCAAAUUUAUCCAAGACAAGUCGCGUCGUCACAUCACCUUCUCGAAGCGAAAGGCUGGUAUCAUGAAGAAGGCUUACGAAUUGUCCGUUUUGACCGGUACUCAAGUACUGCUGCUCGUCGUCUCCGAGACUGGUCUCGUCUACACAUUCACCACCCCGAAACUACAACCCUUGGUGACCAAACCCGAGGGCAAGAACCUUAUUCAGGCCUGCCUGAAUGCGCCUGAACCGUCCGCCGAAAAUGGUGUUGACGCUACCGAUGUUCCCGCUGAGUCUCCCGAAGAUGUCUCUCACAACAACGUCAACGCACAGCAAGCACACAUGUCUCGUCAGCCUGGCAUACAGCCCGGGUAUAUGACACAGGAACAGCAGCAGCAGAUGGCCUACUACCAGGGCCUUCAGCAACAGCAGGCACAAGCGGGCGGACAAUAUCCCGGAAUGCCCGUUGGAGGCAGAAUGCCACCACAACAUCCCUCCACUGCUUAA